AUGCAGGACCAACUUGAAGCAUACCGGGACGCAGUCGAUGAACAGACGCUGGAGAUUUCGCUGCUGCAUACAAAGGUGGAGGAACUAGAGCACGAGAAAUUGAGUGUGGAAGCCAAACUCAUCGAAAUGGACGAGCGGGAGAGCGAUGUCGACGCUCUGAUGGGCGACGCGAAGGCCAAGUUCGAGAUGGAGAAGGCCGUGCUCAUGGCGGAGCUGGAUGAGCUCAAGCGGAAGCUGAAGCAGCAGCGGAUGCUAAACGAACAGCAGCAGCAGGUUCAGGAGAGCAAGACGGUGGUGAAAGACGAAGAGGAGGAAGACGCGGUACGAGGUCACGCAGGUGCUGGCAUGGAGGACCUGGAAAAGCAGCUUGAAAUGCUGCAAGAACUGCGCGUCCGAGACAAAAGCACCAUUUUAGAGCUGAAUCAGCGUAUUCUGCAACAGCAGAGCGACCUGGAGAGUCUUGCAGAGCAUUUAAACGUCGAUGUUGUGGUUGAAAGUGCUGUUGAGGCCGCUUUACAAGCGCAGAAGGCGAAACUCGAGAGUCUUGAGCACGAGAAUGCAACGCUGAAGAGGCGCUUAAGAGAGCAGCGUGAGCUGGCGCAGGAUCUGGAGCUACGACAAGGUAUCGUGGAGAAGCAGCUCGUGGAAGCAGAGGAGUGGAAUGCCAAGUACGAACAGCAAGCUGGACUGGAAGAUGUGGUGAAGUACCAGAAGAAGCUGCGCGCACAGCUAGAACAGCAGCAGAAGAUGAAUGUCAAGCUGCGUCAAGAUCUAAACGAGCAAGUGGAGGCAGCUGGGAGACUGCAUGUGGCGUUUGAGCGACUAAAGGCGGACGCUGGCAAACCUGCCAGUUUUGAGUACGAUGAUCUUGCGAUUGCGGAUCAUUUGAAGGGCCAAUUGGCGAUCAACGGCGCUGUAAUGAGGCAAAUGGAGGUGCAGAUCCAGGAGCUGGAGGCUGAGCGACUACGAUUCCUGAAAAAACUGAGAGAUCAAGCGCGACUGGCCGGCCACAAACUCUAUGAGCAACACGGCUUGACAACGGAAGAGUGGGGCGCUGUAGAAGAGUUUAUUGAUCGCGUAAAGCAGACGCCAGAGGUUGCAAAGCGGCUUUUGGAGACCGAUUGUGAGCUUGAUUCUAUUGAUGAGCUCGAGCGGAAACUUGACGUCAGAUGUGAGGAAAACGCGAUUCUGCUGAAAGACAUGGAGCAGCUUCAGAGUGAAUUGGAGGAAGCGCGAGGUGAACUAUUGCGUGCACUAGACACCGCAAAGACAAAGGCGCAACGACAAGAGGGCGUGAUCUACCAUUUGCGUGCGGAAAUUGCGUCGCUUCGUAAGGAACGUGAGCAGAAGGAUGGCAAGAAGGAUGCGAAGCUUACCGAAGAGGUUCACACCCAAUCUUACGCAGGAACACAAACAUCGCCUGAAACUGCAGAUGCGGAUAAUAUUGCUCUGGUUGUAGCCAAAGCUAUUGAAACGCAGUUUGCACUCCUCCAAGCCCAGACGGGCUCGCUGCUGCCUUCUAAGACGCUGGCUACACCAGCAAAAGUUUCAGUUAAUCCGGCCAGUCCCGUGUCUCGAACGACCGUGGAUAAUCUGGCGUUUGAGAGCGAGGACCAGAUGAUGCAGCAAGUUGACCUUAUGCGGGAACUGAACGUGUGUCUGGAUGAGUUAGUGGCGACAGAGGCACGUAACGAGCAGCUCCAGACGCAACUGCAUCAGCAUGAAGAGGUAUUCCAGUCCCUGAUGGAUCAGCACACUGUCCUGUACCAGCAUUUCUUCCAGAUGCACGCGCAGUACACCAACGCUGAGAUUCGCCUUCGUCAUGAGCUGGAGCAGGUAGCAGAGGAGAAAAAAGACUACAAGCUCAAGUGCGGGCGGUACGAAGCGGGAUUCCAUUUGCUCGGCGUGCAGAACCAGCAGAGUCUAACGCUGACUGGUGACUUACUUAUCAGCGGGAACGAAGCGCAGUUGCGCUCCGAGGUGAUUGAACUGACUCGAAAAGUUGCUGCGUAUGAAGUGAACGAAGCGCGACUCAAGCGGAAAUGCCACCAACUGCAUAGCGAAUGGCGAAGCAGCACGGAGCACAACAAGCUACUUAAACGUGAGUGGAGCGAAAUGGAGAGGACGCUCAAGUAUCGCGUCUUGUACCUGGAAACGUGGAAACAGGGCGCUGACGAGAUGAUUGAGCGCAUGGAGAAGACGUUGGAGAAGAGCGUGUUGCGGGAGUUUGCAGACAGUCAACAACGGACGGUGGCGGAUGUUCUCAAGAAGUACAACGCGUUAAGCGAGUCUUACGCAAAGAUCCAUGCCAAAUAUCUAGAGAUGUACGACUUGCCUGCUCAGCUGAGUCGAACACGACACAGUCUCAUGGUGUUGCAGGCGGAGAAGAGCGCUCGUAAGGACGCUAGAGCAGUCGACUGUGACCCUGCGGUUUUGCAAGAUCGGAUAACCCAGUUGGAGAGCGAGCUACAAAAGCAAAUGGAGCACAACAGACUUUUGUACGAGAGGAUCAACGAAGUGGAGCAGCUCUACGAGAGUCUCGCGCUGGAGUGCGCCAAGUACAAGGACAUCGCGUCACUUGCUGCGUCGCAGGCUAACACACUGACGAAGCGAGCAGCGCAGGAACAGGGCAAUCGGGAGCAGCAAGAAGAGCAGCUGCGUGAGCUGAUGGCAUCGUCGGAAGAUCACGCGAUCGUAGGCGAGCUCCAGCACCAGCUGAUGCAGAUCAAGGCGACGUAUCAGCAGUUCCUCGUGCAGUACGACCUGGUCACAGAAGCGCAGCAGCAGAUUCUGUUGAAGAACCAACGCCUUGAGUUGGAGAUGGAGAAGACAGCGCAGGAGCUGUCUGCGACUCGAGAGAAGUCCAGCGACAGAGUGCAAACUCUGGAGAAUGCGAUAGCGCAGGUCAAAGAGCGCGACUGGACGGCUCGGAACACCAAGUGGGAGGCGUUCCGGAAGCGCUUGGACGCUCUGGAAAGCGACAUUCAGGUCGAGCAGCAACGUCGCAAACAACUUGAGAAAGAUCUGGAGGACAAGCGAGGGCAACUGCCGCUGCUAGACGUCAAACAACCAGGAAACCAGAGUGAAGUGGGUCGACUAAAGAGUCGCGUGGAUGCGCUUGAAACACGAGAACGGCUGCUCAUGGGGCAGCUUGAGGCGGCUGCGAAGGCAACGGGCUCGAAGGAGAGGGAAAUCCGGCUGCAAGCUGAGCUUAGUGAGACGAAGGCACUGAAUGAAGAUCUCAUGCGUCAGGUGGAGGCGAUCCAAGCGCGAGUCUCCGAGCUGCUGAGGCUGAAUGGAGACCUGGAAGCCGAGAAGCGUGAGCUAAGAUGCAAGUUCGAAGAUCUGGAGUUGGAUUUACAGGACGCGCGUACAGGGAUCGCAGGCGGGGAGACACGACGCCACGAUAACCAGCGAGAUGACUCUAGUCACUCGCCGUUGAUGCGACAGAAAGUGGGUCUGUACGAGAAGGACCAGGCGGAGCUACAACAAGCAGCUCAAGUGACGAUCGCCAGCUUGAAGCAGCUCGUUGAAGAGAAGAACACGCUCAUCAAUGAGUAUCAGCGGAAACUUGCAGUAGUUCGGGCUUCAAGUGCGCAAGAUAAGGCGCAGGAUCGACUGGAGACAACUCAACUCAACAAAAAGCUGUACGAAGAGAACCAGCGGAUGAUCGGGCAGCUGAAAGAAGCGAUGAGUACUAUCAGCAGUAUGGAGAGAUCGGGCAAGAGCAAACAGGCUCUGCAAGCUGCCCAGGAGCGCCAUGACCAUGUUCUGCAGGAGUGGAAGCAAGCUGAGAUCGCGUUGGAAGGCGCAAAACAGUCGAUUCGAGAGCUGCAGAUGGAACGCGAAGUGCUGAGGAACGAGAGAGACCUUGCUGAAGCUCGUGCAGGAGAGGCAUUGGAAGAAAUCAUUCUGCUGAAAGAGAAAGUGGUCGAAUGCGAGAAGCUCAGGCAGAAGUUGGAGCACCAAGUUGCGUUCGUUAAGCGCGAUGUGGCGAGGAAGGAGGAAAAACUCAAGGCGCUACGUGACGCGAUCAUCAAGCUGAAGGAAGAAUUCUUGAAGGCGGAAGAUCGCCACGCUAUUGAGAUCGUCAAGGCGCAGCACGCCAUGAACCAGGAUUUGAGUGCUCGGAAGCGGAAAGAGAAGGAACGUCGCGAGGAAGAAGAGGACGGGUGGAAGGAGGAGAAGACGCGAUUGCAGAGCCAGGUGCAGAUGCUCCAAGAGAAGUAUGCGCUACUCAAGAAGAAACAUGAGCAGCUAUCGAGACGGAAGAAGAAAGUUGGGAGCGAGGAGAAGGAGGAGAAAGACGCCGCGUCGGAGGUCGAUGUGCAGAUAUUGAAGGAUGAAGUCGAACGGCUGAAGCGGUUGGUGAAGGACAAAGUGGUGAGUGAAGCGAGGGCAGUGGAAGAGUUGGAGAAGAAGAUCAGGAUCCUACAGGCCCAGAAUCUCGCGCUGCGCGAGGCUUCCACUCAUGCGCCAGUGGUGCCGACGGAAGUUGAUGCGAAGGCGAAACGCGAGCAGCUUGAGAGUGAGCGGAAGCUGCAGCGUCGUGUGGACAUCUUGAUGUUACGACUCAAAGAGAAGCAGGCGGAUGUGACCAGUAAAGACAGUGAACUUGAACGUUGCAACGAACAUGUAGCCAAUUUGGAGGCGGAGUUGCAGGCACAGCAAGCGAAGAAUGAGAAGGAGCGUUUGGCACAAGUAGCGACUGCAGCACCGGCAGUCUCUUCGUCAGUGAAGCAGCAGUUGGAGGAAGUGGAGCGCCAGAACACUUUCCUCCAGGAAACGUUGGCGCUGAAGCGGAAGGAAUGGGAAGAUUCGUUUACAACCCAAAUGCAGCGGUACGAGACGCAGCUACAGCGUCUACGUCGUCGACUUGUUCAGUAUGGAAUUCCCUCGACUGACGAUGAUGUUGACGAUGACACGAAAGAGCACGAGCCUCAGACGCGGCUGCGGAGAGAAGAGCAGCGUUUCCUGGUCGACCAAGACGUUCGGGAAGAGCUCCUUGCUCUUGGUGACGAGAUGCGUAGUAAAGAGCAGGAUAUGGUGGCGAAAGACACGAAGUUACUCGACCUGGAGCUGGAGAUCGAAAGUCUGCGGCUGGAGUACAAAAGGCUACAGCGGAACAACCAGCAGCGUGGGAAGGAUGGCAGUGAGGAUACCUCAUCAAAGCAACGUCGAGCGGCGAAAGGCGUCGCUGCAGGCCGUGGAUCUUCUUGGGCGAAUCAGGAACGACUCGAGCUUGAGGAGGUGAUUGAGAACAUGAAAAAGGUGAUCGAGAAACUUCGUGCCGAGAACGAAAAGCUGAAAAAGGCUGCGACAAAGCAGGCGGCGAUAUCUCCCGAGCGAGUGGACGCGAUGCGACGCAAAUUGAAGGAGCACAAGGAGGCUCGAGAACGACUCGAAACUCAAUUGGAGAAGCUGCAGCUUGAAAGCGGCGAACUGAAGAGGGACAAGCUGAAACUUCAGCAGAAACUCCGUGCUAAGGCGUCGUCUUCCAGUUCCAAGAGCGAGCAUAACGCGCUGGAUCUUCUGCUGAAGGAGAAGGAUCGGCUGUUGCUGCAGUCCGAGAAGGAGCUGGCGGAGCUACGACGUCGAGUGCUUCAACUGGAGUUGCUACUUGAACGUGACGCCAACAUCGAAGAUGUUGGGCAGAUACAGCAUGGACUGGAAGAACGCGUCAAGGAGCUCGAGACGCAAGUUCUCGAACUGGAGGACGAAAACACGAAGCUAACCAACGAAUUGGCGGCAUUCGACGAGGACUUUUUUGAGGAGAUCGAAGAUCUGAAGUACAAAUACGCACAAGCUGUGCGCGACAAACGCAAAUUGGAGAAGAGACUUUCGCGAAGUGCCGCCGACGAGGCUUCUCCCAAAUCGACGUCUUCGCGGCGUAGCAGAAGCUAG